GUCGUCAGUGGCAGCAGUGAGAGUGUAGCUCUGUAGUCUGUAGUGUGGCUGUAGGUGUGCGCAGGACGAGUGUACAGUGAGUUACUACGCAUGCGCCGCUGUGUCUCAGCCGGGAGUGAAGAUGCUCAGGGUCGAAGUAUAGCUGCCACACCAUGGUCGUCCCAUCGCUUCUGAUCCCCGUCACACCCGUUCAGCUAAGAUGUCCCCGCUCAAGUGCCAUACACAAUGAUAUUUACUCUGAUCGCAGUCACCACAGCAUUAAAAACUGGGCUGACUAUCCUCGGAACAGGCAUCUGGCUGAUUCCUCUGCUGUUGGCGGGUCUUGCCUACUAUCGCUACGACACCUUCGACCCGGAGUCCCGACCCAUCAACCAACGCCAGCUACACCGCGAGUAUGACUUCAUCGUGGUCGGCGCUGGGUCUGCGGGCGCGGUGGUCGCCAACCGUCUGUCCGAGGUCCCCCACUGGUCCGUGCUGCUACUGGAGGCUGGGCCAGAUGAGAACGAGAUCUCAGACGUGCCUUCUCUCGCAGCCUACCUGCAGCUCUCAGGGCUCGACUGGCAGUACAAGACUGAGCCGACAGGUCGAGCAUGUCUGGGGAUGAAGGGAGGUCGGUGCAACUGGCCGAGAGGGAAGGUGCUUGGAGGGUCGAGUGUGCUCAACUACAUGUUGUACGUGAGAGGCAACCGCCAGGACUACGACAACUGGGAAGCGAUGGGCAACCCGGGCUGGGGGUACAAUGAGGUUCUCCAUUACUUCAAGAAGUCGGAGGAUAACCGUAACCCGUACUUGGCCCGUAGUCCGUACCACGGCCGUGGAGGAUACAUGACGGUGCAGGAAGCGCCAUGGAGGACUCCACUGGUGCUGGCGUUCGUGCAGAGUGGCGAGGAACUCGGCUACCAGAACAGGGACAUCAAUGGAGAGAUACAGGCUGGCUUCAUGGUAGCUCAGGGGACGAUCCGUCGCGGCAGUCGCUGCAGCACCGCCAAGGCAUUCCUGAGACCCGUCAGGCGAAGACCUAACUUGCACAUCGCCAUGAACGCUCAUGUCACCCGUAUACUCAUCAACCCCAAGAACAGGAAGGCGUACGGCGUGCAGUUCUACAGGGACGGCAUCCUGCAGAUGGCCAUGGCUAGGAGAGAGGUGGUGCUGUCGGCUGGUACCAUCAACUCCGCGCAGAUCCUGAUGUUGUCUGGGGUAGGACCAAGGCCACAUCUUCAGCAGAUGGGAGUGCCUGUCAUACAUGACCUCAAGGUAGGGUACAACCUCCAGGACCACGCGGGGUUCGCCGGACUCACCUUCGUCGUGGACAAGCCAGUGGCCAUCGUCCAGAACCGACUGCAGGCGGUACCGGUGACGAUGGAGUACGUGAUCAGAGAGAGAGGUCCCAUGACAACUCUGGGAGGUGUAGAGGGCCUCGCCUUCGUCAACACUAGGUACGCCAACCGCUCAGGUCUCUACCCGGACAUUCAGUUCCACAUGGCUCCUGCCUCCAUCAACUCUGACGCCGGUGCGAGAGUCAAGGACAUUCUGGGCAUUACAGACAAGAUCUUCAACGUGGUCUACCGUCCUCUGGCUACGACGGACACCUGGACCAUCCUACCUCUGCUACUGAGGCCAAGGUCUAGAGGGUGGGUGAGACUACGGUCCCGGAACCCCUUCCACUACCCUCUCAUCGACGCCAACUACUUCGACGACCCUGCGGAUAUCGCCACUUUGGUGGAGGGGGUGAAAAUAGCACUGAGGGUAAGCAAGGGAUCAGCGUUCCGGCAAUUCAACUCUCGUCUUCAUCGAAUUCCUCUCCCUGGCUGCAAGAAGUUUCUCUUCGGCACCGACGCCUACUGGGAGUGCGCAAUCCGCCACCUGACCAUGACUAUCUACCAUCCGGUAGGCACCUGCAAGAUGGGACCCACCGGGGACCCUGAGGCCGUCGUCGACCCGAGACUCCGCGUCCACGGCAUCACCAACCUCCGUGUGAUCGAUGCCUCCAUCAUGCCGGAGAUCGUCAGCGGCAACACCAACGCUCCGACCAUCAUGAUCGGGGAGAAGGGAGCUGACAUGAUCAAGGAAGACUGGCUCAGCGGUCGGCGCUGGGACUACAGGGGAGGUUGACAAAAACUCAUUGGCUUCUCAUUAAAAACCUUGAGAAUGGACAAAUCUUGAGAUGGUUGUCCAAUGUUGUCUGAAAACUAAACCGGAGCAAUGUUUAUGGGUAGAGUUUGAUGAGAUAGGAAAAACACUGUCUCAUCUCGUUACGAUUCGAUGGCGGAAAUGUUUAGCCACUGCCAAUAACCUCAACCAAGGAACAAGGAAACAAGAGUAUUUAGCCAUCCUUAUUAGGAUAGUUUUAAAUAUUAGAUCAUCUGGACAGCAUAGAUAAUGUUGUCUAAAAAUGUCCUAUAGGAUCGUAUUAAAUAUGAAAUUGUGGCAGAAGGUUCUAAUAUGACAAUUCAGAAAUUGUUGACUACAUAUAAUGAUGUUUAUUAAUAAUGAUAAAUCAUUGAGAAAACUGCCAUAAACCUAGCUAUUGUAACCCCCAUUGCCAAAAAAGGUUAAUUAUUUCACAUAAAGCCAAAUGUCUGUAAACUAUACACAUUCAUUAAUUCUCAGUUGAACUUAAUCAAAACGAGACUCAGAACCUGGAAACACGUCCACUUAUGCCAAUAUAUUUUUCGUAACGGUUUUUGCCAUAUAACGGUUAAGUUCGAUGAAUUGGUGAAUAUAUCACUACAUGUGAUACUGGACAUUUAGUGGAAAACAUAAGGAAUAAUAUGCCAAACUACACUGAGCGGACCAUACGCACAAAUAUGUUUUGAACGUGCCAUAGCACCAAACAUGUUAAAAGAAUGGUGAUUCAUACAUGAGAUUAAAUUAGAAAUGUUCAAUCGCUCCAUGGUGCUGAUAACAUAAUAUACCAACAAGGUGUAUGGAUUUUCACGAAUAUUAUACAUUACCAGCCAAGUUUGAGUGUUGGCCACAUAUUGAUCCAUAAACAACACGACUCUUGGUUCCUACAGGAAUGUAUGACUCAUAAAACAUAACAGAUUAAAUAUCAAAUUAAAAGACUACUUGAACGAACUGGUUCUAAAUAACGAAUGGAUAACCAUAAUACACGGGAAUGUAAUUUGUUACGUGGACUAAGUUGUCGGUAUUUUCCAUAGUGAGUAAAAUUCAGUUUUAGAUAAUUGCAUUACUAUUACUUGGUGAUCAUUUUUAAACGUUCUAUUCAUUUUUCUCAGGGUCAAUAACUUAUAAUAUAUUCUGAACAGAAUUGAGAAUCUAAAUUAAACGAAUGGACUAAAUUUAUUAGAUAAGUAAUUUGUACAUUCUAUGUAACUAUAUGUACUGUAUUCAAUGAUAAAACAAAAUAACUAGUGUUGAUGUAUAUCUAGUCAAUACUUUAUGUGAAAAGUGGCGAAAUUACCUUAGUAGUUCUGGAUAAGGAGAUUGAUAGCAUCUUAAAUAAGAUAAUAUUGUAAUAAAUGUUGUUUUAGGCUAAAAAAUUGCGGGUUUUUAUUUCCAACUAUUGUAGUACAAAAUUAAAUACCCCCGCCGCAGCAAACCUGUCGUCUAAGCGAAUUUCCAUUUGGCCGAAUUGAUUUUCAAUUGAUCUAUUUAAAUAACAUAGAUUUAACAAUACAAGGUUUAACGAGUACCUAGGUUUGCUGCUACAAGGAAACUAAUAAAGUAGUGUGUUUUAGUAAAAUAUUUAUAGCUUACUAUAAAAUGAAUAAAUUUGCCAAGUUUGAUCAAAAUAUAUCCAUAAACAAGCAAACUACAACAUUUUACAAUAUUCUCCAUAAGAAUAACAUGGGAAUUUUAAAUUUACCAUUUUUUUAGUUUUCUCCGUAACCAAUAACCGUACAAAAACACUUUGAUAUACUGAAUUGUUUGUUUUUUUAAGCUCUUUAAGAAGGUUUAGAGAAAAAUUGGGAAAUUUUGUGUUUUGAGGGUAAGAAGUGAGAAAAACCAAUUUUUACCCCAUAAAACCCCCCAUAAAACCCUGUUCCCAUAGUCCGAUCAUGCUGGAUCGCGAACUCAUUCAAGUUUAUCCCGCCUUACACCUUCAAACCAAAAUUCAUCAAAAUCGGAUAAAAAUUACUCAAGUUAUCGUGU